AUGCAGAACAUUCUGAUCGCUAUGGCGCCAAUUAUUGAUGAUGAGAUCAGCGACCAUACUGCCAGCAGCCACGUCAAGUUCCUGGACGUCAUUCUUUCCUACUAUGGCCGGAGCAAAGCCAGUAUCGCUUACAUUGUCGGAGAUAUUUGCUCCGUGAACGGUGCUGUCGCUGAUCAGCUGCAGGUUCCGAUGGUGGGCUGCGCCAGCCAUCGUCUGAACCUGGCGGUGAACUUACUUCUCGCUGGCGACGACAAGCUACUCGAUAAGAUACAGAAGUUGAUGUACAAGGACACUCGCUGGUCAUCUACUUUUGCUAUGGUUAACAGAUACUUCGAGCUGAAGGAGUUUCUUAGUGACGACGACGAGGACGAGCUGACUGGGUUUCUGCCAACCCGGCGAGAGGAGAUGCAGCUGAAGUCGAUCCUCGCCAACCUCAAGAUGUUCGAGUCAACCUCGAAGAAGCUGCAAAAAGUCGCCCACUACCUCGCUGCUGAUGCAGCGAUCGUCAAGAGCCCUGCUUUCGAACGAGCUUGUGUGAGUGUGCUGCUGGGUCGUGGAGGCGCGCUGAGUGACGACGACAAGGCUAUGCUGGAGCCGCUGGCCGCGGAAGCAGCCCCACUGUCGAGCUCUUCGGAGACUACGGCGCUCGAUGAAGGAUUCGCCGCUGUUACGCUCGAGCGUGCGAGACGGCUUCGUCAAGCUACUUCACGCUUUAACGAUCAGGUAGCUGUGAUCGCUUCGACUUCGAACGUCGUCGAGAGAUUCUUUAGUCAAGCGAAGGCAGUAGUUGGUAUGCACCGCCAAGCCAUGACUCCAUUGCAUCUAGAAAGUAUCCUCUUCCUGAAGGUGAACCGCUCGUACUGGAGCGCAGCAACAGUGCGCAAGGUCGUCCGUGGCACGCAAUAA